AUGGCGUCACAAACGGAGGCCGACAUGACGAUCGUGCCGUUCUCGUACACAAGUCCUUUCCAUGCAGGGCACUUAGACGCUGAGCGCUGGUUUCAUUUGGACAAUAUCAGCAUCCUCAUCAAGCAAGCAUGGAAACCCGAUGGACGUGGCGGCACCGCGUUGGAUACGCCUUCCUCUUUAUGUCCUUCUCCUAACGUCCUUUGUUGCAACAUCACGAACCCUUCCAUUGUCCGACAUCGACGCGUGCUGGAGCUCGGCUGCGGCACGGGUUUGGUGGCCAUCGCGGCUGCACAUGCAGGAGCUCGUGAAGUAGUUGCGACCGACGGCGAUGACCAAGUCGUGGAGUUGGCCCAACUCAACAUCGACCUCAACACCCCUUCGGAAGCCUCAUCAACAUUUUCAUGCAGCGCAAGGAAGCAUUUCUGGGGCGAAGAUUUGGACGCUGUCGGCGAAUUUGACGUUGUUCUUGGGGCUGAUAUCAUUGCGUGCCCGUAUGAAUCGGCGUAUGAGGCGCUGGUCGUGUCUCUGCAGCGGUUUCUGGCGUCGACGUCCACGGUGGCCUUGAUCGCGUACAAGCAGCGCCAUGGGUCGGAGGCCAAGUUCUUCUUCCGGCUUAAGCGCGAGUUCACCGUCGAGAUCGUGCCCAAGGACGACUACCACCCCGACUUUCGCCACGAGGGCAUAGACAUUCUCCACCUCGCGAAACGAGUGUAG